AUGGAUGAAGUUCAGUUUUUGGGGCACGUGAUAUCUGCACAGGGAAUUGUAGUGGAUCCAGCGAAAGUUGAGGCAGUGGUUAAGUGGGAAAGUCCCAAGUGUACAACAGAUAUAAGAAGCUUCAUGGGUCUAGCUGGCUAUCAUAGGAGAUUCAUAGAAGCAUUCUCCAAGAUAGUGGCGCCUUUGACACAACUCACAUGGAAGGACCAGCUCUUCACAUGGACAGAUAAGUGUGAGGAAAGCUUUCAAGAGCUGAAGCGGAGGUUGACCAGUGCUUCCAUAUUGGUAAUUCGAGAUGUUGGGAAACCUUUUGAAGUUUAUUGCGACGCCUCCCAUCUGGGACUUGGUUGUGUUUUGAUGCAAGAAAAAAAGGUAGUGGCGUAUGCUUCGAGACAACUUAAGGUGCAUGAGCGUAACUACCCCACUCAUGACUUAGAGUUGCCAGUCAUAGUGUUUGAAGAUCUGGAGGCACUAUCUUUAUGGUGCUCAGUUUUUGCGUGUUCAGUGACCUAUUUGAUCAGAAUGAGCUGA